GUCGUGGCAGCCCACUGAAACGUUACUGGCGCACAUUUUUACGCACACCUCAAGGGAAAUCCCAAAUAACGAGCACCUUGUGACUUUUUUAAAGUGCAAAAUAGGAACUGCACAAGACAUUUUAACAGCAAGCGGCGCGUUGCAGAGGAUUUUUUUAAAAAUAAAAAAGCCCGGUACUGUGCAAUUGCAUACCCUACCACUCCACUUGCGCUUUAUACGGGGAGGCUUUUUACUUUUUCAUCCUCGUUUCAGUCUCAAAACAACCGUAUUCUCGUCUAAAACAGCCGAAGAACCAGACGGGCGGAGGCCAGCGGUCCCACAGAACAAACUACAGGCCUGGGGAGAUCAUUAACCUCCACACACACACAACAGGAUACUGAUCUUGUCCGGUCCAGUCCAUUCGUCAAUCCCAGGGCCAGCACAGGGGGGUCGCUCCGGAGGCCAGAGCCCGCCCGGACCGGGACCCUGUGAUGUCGCACUGACUGACCCCCCUACCUGCGAAUGACCAGCGAGCAUCCGAGGGUGGGGCCCGCCUCAGUCUCGCAUGAUUGGCUGUUGGAUGGAAUUAAGGUGAAUGGAACACAUGCCCAAGGAGCAGGACCCUAACCUAUCAGAGGGAGAAGAGAAACGGUGGAUCGAUGGCCCGAAAAGGAAGAGAAAGAGCAGUUCAUGUUCGGUGAAGAGCAUGUCUGAAAUGAAGGGAUACGGACAGACUGGGUCAGAGAAUACAGGGUACAUCCCCAGCUACCUGGAGAAGGAUGAACCGUGUGUGGUGUGUGGAGACAAAGCCACUGGCUACCAUUACCGCUGCAUCACCUGUGAGGGCUGCAAGGGUUUCUUUCGGCGGACAAUUCAGAAGAACCUCCACCCUGCCUACUCCUGUAAGUACGAUGGCUGCUGCAUCAUCGACAAGAUCACCCGCAACCAGUGCCAGCUGUGCCGCUUCAAGAAAUGCAUCGCAGUGGGCAUGGCCAUGGACCUUGUCCUGGACGACUCCAAGCGGGUGGCCAAGCGGCGUCUGAUCGAGGAGAACCGGGAGAAGAGGAAGAAGGAGGAGAUGGUGAAGACCCUGCAGAACCGGCCGGAGCCCACCGGCUCGGAGUGGGAGCUGAUCCGCAUGUUGACCGAGGCCCACCGCCACACCAACGCACAGGGCUCCCACUGGAAACAGAAACGCAAGUUCCUGCCGGAGGACAUAGGUCAGUCUCCGGUGGCCCCCACGUCGGACGGAGACAAGGUGGACCUGGAGGCCUUCAGUGAGUUCACCAAGAUUAUCACCCCUGCCAUCACCCGCGUCGUCGACUUUGCCAAAAAACUGCCCAUGUUCUCGGAGCUGCCUUGUGAGGACCAGAUCAUCCUAUUGAAAGGCUGCUGUAUGGAGAUCAUGUCGCUGCGCGCCGCCGUGCGCUACGACCCAGAGAGCGAGACACUGACCCUGAGCGGCGAGAUGGCGGUCAAGCGGGAGCAGCUGAAGAACGGCGGCCUGGGCGUGGUGUCGGACGCCAUCUUCGACCUGGGCAAGAGCCUGGCGCAGUUCAACCUGGACGACACGGAGGUGGCGCUGCUGCAGGCUGUGCUGCUCAUGAGCUCAGACCGCUCAGGCCUGACGAACAUUGACAAGAUCGAGAAAUGCCAGGAGACCUACCUGCUGGCGUUUGAACACUACAUCAACUACCGCAAGCAUAACAUUCCCCACUUCUGGCCCAAGCUGCUGAUGAAGGUGACGGACCUGCGUAUGAUAGGGGCGUGCCACGCCAGCCGCUUCCUCCACAUGAAGGUGGAGUGUCCAACGGAACUUUUCCCCCCGCUCUUCCUAGAGGUCUUUGAGGACCAGGAAGUGUGAGUAGCGCCCCCCCGCUGCCGAGGAGGAAGUAGUGGGGCGACUUGAGGCGUCUUGGGAAAGGAAGGGAUGUUUUUCUGGAGCUGGGAAGGGUUUUGGCAGGACUUGCGUUUUUCCGACAUUUACAUGAUAAACAACAAACAACGCACCAGCAGCAGGAGUCAAACAAACAAGGAUUUUAGUUUUUUAACCAACCCCCUCUUCAUACCUGUUUUUGGGAAUCAGUUUGGCGGCCCUCCCUGUCUGAGCACGAUGUCUUAUCCAGUGGGAGUUGCAGCCCUUUGCCAAGGUGAACACACACACUCUGGCUUCCCUCUCAGAGCCCUAUUGGAGGCACCUCAGUUGUCACUCAUUGCCACUAGAUGGUGGUCUUUGCAGGUUUGCACCUGUUUGAAUUUACGGCAACUGUCUUUUAAAACUGGUCAGCUAAUUUUAGUCUCAGAAUUAGUGUAAGACAAUAAUUCAGGAGACACGGUCACUGACAUCACACCGAGACACACAGAGGUACUGAGUGUGCCGUAUAACGCCUUCCGUAGAGCAAAGCUACUAGUACCUACAAUCACGUCUGAACACAACUGAGACAAUUUCAGACUGGAGCGUGAGCAUGUUUUUAACCAAGUCAGGUGCUGUAUUAGAAGGCUACUCCAGUUGUCUGAAAUGUGUAAAUGUGUAAAACUACAGACCAUGGCUCUAUAUCUACCUUCAGUUCUGUCAUUAGGCUAGCUCCUGUGACUGGCACACACACACUCUCAAACACACACACACACACACACACACACACACUGGGCAGACCUGCCUUGUCAUUGACUGUGCUUCUGGUGCCAACAGUAGACCCUCUCAUGAAUGACAAUUGAGCCCUUCUCUCUCCAAGGAAAGUCAUAACAGUGAACAGAAGCGGGAAAGAAGGAGAGGCUCCACUGGCAGGCAGGAGGUUUCUCAGAGGAGGGAGAAAGAGAGAGGAGGAGUAGGGGAGAGAGCGAGAAAGAUAGAUUUAAUAGCUGGCAAGUAGAUUCAGUGCAUGGAGACAACAGCAUCCUGAAUAGCACACACACACACAUCCUCACCUCAGAAACUCAAAAGCCUUAUUUACUGUAUACACUGCUGUGCUGUAGCCCUGACCUGCAGGGUAAGUAAGUCUGAAUCCGCGCCUGUGUGACUCAGCUCAGUAUGGCCCCUCCAGGCUUCCAUACUCAGUCGUCAUUACUGUAGGGGUCACUGAGAAAGGGCAAGGCUAAUGACGGCUGCCAUUUACCUCAAAGUGGGCACACCCUCAAGGCUGGGGCGCCGCCAGGCUCUACCUCACCUCUGGACACAGGGCAGCUGCCCCCAGCCUCUUUACCCACACACACACACACACACACACACGCGGACACACACUUUUAAGGAUACUCAACAAACACACAUAGGCACGUGUGCAUGGGUGUGAACUCGUCGACAAAUCACACAAGCACAGGAUACACAUUCUCAGUGCUAUCACUCAGACAAAACAAAAUUCCACUGAAGACAGGAGGGCCUGCCAUUCCCUAUGGUGACUUCUCUCCUCUUUUUCGGGGGAGCGGAGGAUGGUAACCAUUAUGUUUUGCUUUUCUCUUUUUUGUUAUGUGGGACCAAGUGUCACUUUUGGAAUUUGGAAUCCCUCUUUUUUCUGUUGAAACAGAAGCAAAUAAAUCACGUGACGGAGGACAAUGGACGUACAGUCCAGCUGUCGCCCUGGAAGAGGAUUGGCUAGAGGAGCGAUACACUGUGAGGAGGCGGUGAACCCCGAGGUGGCCAGGCUAUAACCGGCUGGGUUUAGCACUGUAUUUGAGGAAAAAAAUACAACCUAUUUUUAUUGAAUGCCAAGUAGUAGUUUUUCUACGAGUGAACGAGGCGGAGGUAGGGAUGAAUGGAUGUGGACGGAUGGGUUUCAGCACCCCGGGAGCAUGUGGAUGAACGCCUGAAGACAUGGAGCGGAGUAACAGGCGGGAUCGGGAAUGGCGGGUACUCAUAGUAGACGGCCAAGCCUCGCUGCCUCAACCUCAGCCACAGUAGGAGGAGUCAACCCUCAACCGCCAUAGGAGGAGUCAACCUCAACCGCCGUAGGAGGAGUCAACCCUCAACCUCAACCGCUGGAGGAGGAGUCAACCCUCAACCUCAACCGCCGUAGGAGGAGUCAACCCUCAACCUCAACCGCUGGAGGAGGAGUCAACCAGGAAAUCCACUGUAAACAGACCUCAGACCGCUUUGGUGGAGAAGCCAGAGUCCCCUCCCACCCCGCCCCACCCUAGACUCCCACUCCACCAGUCUCCCCACCCCCAGCCCUGGCUAAGCCAGGCUGGUGGGGGUUUUGCACUACUGCAGUGGUCCCAACCCCUCUCCCCACCCUCAUCAGCAACUAAACAACCUAGCCCCAACUCAUCUGUCAGUCAUGCGCCUUCCUCUGGGAGUCCUGGCCUACUCUGUCUAAUGGAGGCCCACUGGGCCGGGCUCCCAACCAACCCUGUCACAUUGUCAGUAUUAAACCAACAGCCCUCCUCCUCAACCCUCAUCCACUGGGCAGGAGACGUUCCUUGGUGAGGGAAGGAUGGUCCAGGAGGCCGCCUGUUUGUCGCUCACACACUCUCCUCUCAGCAUAGGCCCUGUGCCACAUUACACACGCCUGGCUCCAAGUCUACCGAGAUCCACCCCCAGUACGUACUCCUUCCCCUGGCCUACUACCCAUCCGCCCCACCCAGUGUAGGAGGCGUUCGGUAGGCCUGGAAAAUGGACACCAAAUGGAAUCUAGGCCUCUCUCUUGUGAGACAAGAAUGGCCAUAGCCGCUCACUUAAGGCGGCAUCGCCUAAUGAAUGUGAAUGGCGAAGCAGCAGUGGGAGCGAGUGAACGAGAGAGUGUGGGAGAGCAAAGGGAAGGGAGCGGGACAGAGAGAUGGUAGGGGCCUCAGCCCUUCCUUCCAUCCUUCAUCUGGGUUAGAGGGGGAUCGUCGCCUGUUGUCGAAGCACCGUUGUGAACUUGGAGGAGGGGGAGAUGGCAGUAUAUUAGAUGGUCUCCCCCGUUAUUUCCUCAAAUACCCCCUUCAGCUCUCCAUAAGGCAAUGUGGGAGUAAAGGGACGAUAUUGAGAGACACCAACUUUCACAUGGAGACGAUUGGCAAGAGAAACAGAACCGGCAUUCAAUGGAUUAAAUUCCAAGCUUCUUUGAAAAAGGUCCAAUGACAGGAAAAAAAGUUAUCGCAAUAGUGAUGUCCUUCGUUCUCAUGAGCUGAUUGGGUAUGUGUGUGUGACAACAGGGGUUGAAAUGCUGCUUGACCUUCUGAGUCUAAUUUCUUUUGGGGAAAAAAUGUAUGAUUAUGAAAUGAUUAUAAACCCAGAAAAGCGAAAUGAGGAAAAAUAUGACUUUACAAAAGACUCCUGAACAAAAGUUAAACGUUUGGAGAUUAAGCAGUUUUUUUUUCUCUACAUUUUCUCUCAAUGUUCUUUUUUGUUGAUGUUUGUUUGUUUAUGACGCUUAAACUGCUCUGUGUAAAACAGAAAAAAGAACAGCCGUAGUCAAUUUUUGACGAUGCGUGCAGUGUAACGUAGACAGAAAUGUCACUUAUUUUUCACAUCACCUAUAGUUUGUGUUGACUUCUCUGUUGUCUGUGUAUUUGUCCGAUUGUCCGUCCCUUUUAUCAAGAGGAAUUUACAACAAACAAAACAGGAAUAUUUUCUUUUUAUAUAUAUUUUGUUUCCUUUUUUUUAUGAAAGAAGACUUUGAAAAAAAUCACAAACAGGAAAAAUAAUGCAACCAAAAAAAAACAAAAAAAAUUAAACACAAUCUUCUCAUACCUCACACAACACAAAACUCAAAAGAACUUGGGAGGAGUGAUGAUUCACGGGCGCAUGUGGAAGUGCGAAAAAAGAUAUGUGCUUGUGGCCCGUACGCAUAUUUAGUGAUUACUAAAGACUUACCCUCAAGCCUUUGCGCUUGCUACCUAUUAAAUAGGUUCUAGGAGGAUCGUGGAUAGGAUACAUAACAUUAGGAAAGUCUUGCAUCAUCAACAGAUGCUGAAAUUGAUUGCUAGCUGGCAGUUGGCCACUCCCAGGUGUAUCCACGACCAUAGAUAGUGAAGCCAAAUGUGAAAAGCCCAGAGCUUGGGGGAAGUCUUUUGUAAUGGCUGAGUGCUCUAUGGUAUUGAAUGUAGCUGACAGGACGGGGCUGGAUAUGAGCCCGGUACUCACAACCUCACUUCCGCUCACCAGCAGAAUGGACGGUGGUGUCACAUCGAUGUUACACACAAACAAACUGAGAAUAUUGCCCAUCUGCAGGGUGCAAUACUAUGUUCUUUUUUCAUCUUUAAAAAAACAAAAACGUU